UCUUUCCUUUACACCCUCCUUUUCUCCUUUCUCUCUCUCUGUCUUCAACAAUCGACAGCUCCUCUCUCUCUGUUUAUCAAUUUUUUCAUCUGUAUAUCUCCCCUUUCUCUCUCUAAAAACAACUCACCAUUUCUCUCUCUACAUCUGCACAUCUCAGAUCUGAUCAGACAUCACUUGAGUAUCUGGCUGCUAAGCAUAUAAUAUCCAAAUGAAGAAAGCAUUUGAUCAAACCGUGCGGGACCUCAAGAGAGGGGUGAAUAAAAAGGUUCUUAAAGUCCCUUCAAUAGAACAAAAAGUUCUAGAUGCGACUAGCAAUGAGCCCUGGGGUCCUCAUGGAUCACUUCUUGCAGAUAUUGCUCAGGCUUCAAGGAAUUAUCAUGAGUACCAAAUGAUUAUGUCUGUGAUCUGGAAGCGUAUCAAUGAUACUGGAAAAAAUUGGCGUCAUGUUUACAAGGGCUUAACUGUUUUGGAGUAUUUGGUAGCUCAUGGGUCUGAACGUGUCGUAGAUGAUAUACGGGAACAUGCUUACCAAAUAUCUACACUGUCUGAUUUUCAAUAUAUCGACUCCAGUGGGAGAGACCAGGGAAGCAAUGUCAGAAAGAAAUCUCAGAGCCUUGUGGUUCUUGUUAAUGAUAAGGAGAGAAUUCAGGAAGUUCGCCAAAAGGCAGCUUCUAAUAGGGACAAAUUCCGCAACACGUCAACUGGUGGUAUGUACCGUCCUGGUUCACAAUCAGGUUCAGGAGGAUAUGGUGACAGAUUUGAUGAGGAUCGUUACGGAGGCAGAGAUGAAGAAAGAAAUGGUUAUGGGAGGGAAAGGGAAUGGGGCUACAGAGAUGAGGACAAAUAUGGCAGAUAUGGAGACUCAAACAGCCGUGAUGGGGAUCGCUAUGGUAGAGAUUAUGAUGACCGCAGCCGAGAUGGACACAGGGAUGAUGAUUAUCGUGGAAGAAGUCGGAGCACUGAUGAUUAUAAUUAUGGAUCAAGAAGUCGAAGUUCUGACCGGUACAGGGAUCACACCAAUGAUGACGAUGGUCAAUAUUCUUCUAGGCCGCUUGAAAGGAGGUUUUCUGAACAGAACCUUAGUGCACCUCCUAGUUAUGAGGAAGCUGUUGGUGGUUCACGCAGCCCAACACAUAGUGAAAGGGAUGUAGAAACUUCUUCAGCAUCUGCACCCAAAUCUUCUUCUCCUCAUGCAAGUGCCAGUCCAAGCCCAGCCACUGUGCCUGCUCCCGCACCAGCUACUGCUCCAUCACCAGCUCCAGCCACAGCUACUGCUUCACCACCAGCUCCAGCAGCAGCCCCUGCCCCACCACCAGAAAACACGGUUGCUGAGAGUUUUGAUGAAUUUGAUCCCCGUGCAUCUUUUUCAGCAGCGGCCCCAGCUCCAUCAAAUGGUCCUGUGUCAACUACUUCUGGGGGUGAAAUGGAUUUUCUUGGCUCCUUAUCUGAUCCGUUCUCCAACUCAUUAGCCCUUGUACCUACAGCUUCGAGUGCCUCUGAGGUUAAUCCGUCUGGGACCACUGGCACUGAGACCAUGUUUGGGGAAGCAUCAUCAGUAUCUACUGGUUCUAACCAGAUGUUCGAGGAUCCUUUUGGUGAUGGUCCUUUCAGGGCUGUGACUUCGAAUAAUGUGCAAACUCAGCUGCAGAACACUACUCCAUCUUUCCAUCCUAAUUCAAAUCAAAGCCCUGAGCUUCCUCAGUCAGUCCCUCAGGGUGCUGAGGUCUCAAAUGCAACAAUUAGUCAGUUUGCUCCUACUAAUAUGCAAUAUGCUCAGCAGGAGCUGUCCACCUCUAAUCAGGAGAUCGAUAUACUGGCUGAUAUUCUCCCACCAUCUGGUCCACCUCCUGGCGAUCAUGCAAUCCAACCUGCGACACAGACAGGUUUUGAGUCUUAUGGUGGACCAACUACACAACAGACAGGAUACAUGGCACCUCCUGGCCAGGCUGGACAACUGACAGUUUUUGCAGCUCAACCUGGCCAACAGUCGCCACAAACCAGUUUCCCAAUUCAAGGUCAUACUGGAGGCUACCCAGCUCAACCUGGUCAACCAUCACAGACUGGUUUUGGACCCACAAAUGGUCAACCCACAGCUGGUUUCCAACCUGCAACAGGUUUCUAUCCACAGUCUGGUUAUCAGAUUCCUGCCGGCUCCUCUAUGCAGAGCAAUGCCAAUGCUGGAGGUUACAACACAGGAUUAGGAUCUACAGGUCCAUUUGGUAACCAAAUGGGUCAAACAUCUGCUGGACAACCCUACCUUUCACAGCCAACUGGUGCAACCCACAUGCCUUCACAAAUGCAUGUUCAAUCUUCACAAAUUCAAACAAGUAAUGCUCUAGUGCUGACACAAACUACUCCAGCUUCGACAGCUCUUGUUGGCAACACCCAACCAGCCAAAGACAAAUUCGAGACAAAGUCUACCGUUUGGGCAGAUACAUUGAGCCGUGGACUGGUCAAUUUGAACAUUUCUGGAUCUAAAACAAAUCCAUUAGCUGAUAUUGGAGUUGAUUUUGAUGCUAUCAAUCGCAAGGAGAAAAGGAUGGAGAAACCCAGUACAGCCCCCGUGAUAUCAACUAUUAACAUGGGAAAAGCAAUGGGUUCAGGUACCGGAGUUGGCCGAGCUGGUGCAGGUGCACUACGGGCUCCAUCAAAUCCAAUGGUAGGUUCUGGUAUGGGUAUGGGUAUGGGUGGUAUGGGUAUGGCUGGUGGUGGCCCUGCAGGGGGUCCUGGCAUGGGAGCAUAUGGAGGAGCGAACCAGCCUUAUGGCAUGGGGAUGAACAGACCUAUGAACAACAUGGGCUUGGGGAUGAACAUGGGUCAAGGAUUUCAGAUGCAACAGCCUUCCGGAUUUCCUCCUGGACCUGGAGCUCCCAUGCAGGGAGGUUACAAUCCCCGGAUGGGCAUGGGUCCCUAUGGCCAACAACCAUAUGGUGGAGGAUACCAAUGAAACUUAGCCCAAUUCUGAAAGUAAGAAACCUUUGUGUCAUAAUAUCUGGAAUGUUUUCUAGUCGGUAAGCCUAUCGAACUCACCCUCUGUUGUAGAGUUGAUACUUUUCGGGUGCGUGUAGUUUUCCAUGAUAAAAGUUAUAGGAGUAUAUGUUGAUUCCUUCUUCAAUGUUCUGCAAUUGCAUUGCCAUUUAUCUGCCAUCUGGGGUCAGAGAUUGCUUUCAAGACCCCUCAUAAUGUUUUGCUGUUGUGCCUUUGUAUACACUCGAGGAUCACCCGUCUCCGGUGUUCCUCUUUUUGCCACUUGAUCCAUAUAUACACGGAGAAUUUUUUUUUUUGGACUCGCGAUUAUUGAAAUUGUACUUGCUGAACUCAUGUAUUUGAUGAUUAUUUUUGUAUCUCCUAUUCACUGGUUCUCGUU